AUGGAGGCCGUACAAGAACUCAUCCUCAAAACUCUUGAUUCAGAAGGCUCCAUCAAGGAUACCCGUAAUCUUGUACUACCUGGAGAAUCGCAACCUGCCAACUCGCAAGAUGCUCAACUUAUUGUCCUUGGUGCACUCAACUCACUCGCAAGUCGAGAGAUGUUAACAUAUGAGACUCGUGAAAUACAAUCGCAUGUACUAGCUCCAGAAGGUGCGCAAAUCGCGCUGGAGGGAUCGCACGAAGCGAGAGUGUGGUUAGCUCUGCCAAUGAAGGGCGAGGGGCAGCCCAUUUCCGUGAAAGAGCUGAAGCAAAAGGUCGGUGAUGAAGCUGCUAAAGUUGGGCAAGGUAACGCCUUCAAGAAUGGCUGGAUUGCGAAGGAAGGAGACGGGUUCGUGAAAAAGGUUGCUUCAAUUGUUGACGCGACGCAAUUAGAGAUGCGGGAGGUAGACUCAACGGGGACACUUAAAGCCGGAGAGAAGGCAUUAGCAGCAUUAAGGAAGCGAAAGCUCAUUACACAAAAGAAGGGACAAUGGUUCACAGUUUACAAGGGACCGAACUUCAGCACAUCUCUUGCGAAACCGGAAACUGAUCUUACUGCGGAUAUGCUUGUAUCUGGAGCCUGGAAGACUGCAAACUUCAAGAAGUACAACUUCGAGGCACUAGGCAUUCCUACGUCUGGCGGUGCUCUUCAUCCUCUCCUCAAGGUCAGAGAAGAACUCAGGCAAAUAUUCUUUGAAAUGGGCUUCGCCGAAAUGCCUACUUCGUCCUUCGUCGAAUCUUCCUUCUGGAACUUCGACGCACUGUUCGUACCUCAGCAACAUCCUGCACGCGACAUGCAAGAUACCUUCUAUCUCUCCGACCCAAUCGACUCUCUGGACCCUCCCAAAGACUACUACGACCGCGUCGCCAAAGUCCACGAACACGGAGAUUACGGUUCAUUAGGUUAUCGAGCACCGUGGGACGAACACGAGUCCCGCAAGUUAGUAUUACGAACCCAUACCACCGCGUCAUCAUCACGAAUUUUACGAGAGAUCGCUCAACAACCCGGUGGAUUCAAGCCGGCGAAGCUCUUCAGUAUUGAUCGUGUCUUCCGAAACGAAGCUGUAGAUGCGACUCAUCUCGCUGAGUUCCAUCAAGUAGAGGGCGUUGUUGCUGAUCAUAACAUUACUUUGGGAGAUCUCAUUGGUUUCAUGGCUACGUUCUUCAAUAAAAUGGGUAUCCAAGACCUGAAAUUCAAGCCCGCGUACAAUCCUUACACAGAACCGUCACUAGAGAUUUUUGCUUUCCAUCCCACAUUGAACAAGUGGGUAGAGAUUGGGAACUCCGGCAUGUUCAGGCCCGAGAUGCUGGAGCCUAUGGGUUUCCCGAAAGACGUCCGUGUCUUGGGUUGGGGACUCGGUUUAGAGCGACCCACGAUGAUUAGAUAUGGAAUAAACAACAUUAGAACACUAGUUGGACAUAGGGUAUCGAUUGAAGGCGUAGAAAAGGCCCCUGCUGUCAGGUUCUAAAUGUGGUGUCUAGAGGAGUAGAGAAGAAAUAAUGUUGUAUGUAGACUUGUAUACGAUGCGGGAUACCCUGCGAGUUGUUCUAUAAUUUCCAGACAUGGAACGUUCCGUCGUUGAGAGCUCCGAGUGCGCCUCCAAGGGGCCCCUGAGAUUGGUCCCUGGCCUUUGGGCCCGCUAGAGCGUUAAUCAUUGGAUCGGGCCCACAAACGAGGACAAUGGUCCUCCCAUUCGUAGCCUUCAACACUGACUUCAGGUCGUCUUUCGAUAUCCUUCUCACCGUAAGUUUAUCUUCGGAGGGAGAACCGUCCAAGGUGUCGACGAAAGUUUGGACGUUGAGGUUCCGGGGAUUAUUCCUUUCCCAUGAUGAAAGCGAGUUGAGGAUCUUAGGUGGUGGUAACUCCGAUGGAGAGCGGUAGGAAUUCAAGAGCGUAAAUUUGGUUUUUGUCAACUCAGGUGACUUUAAAGCGAAGAUCGAAUGCAGAAGCUGAUAGAAUGGUGCUAUGCCAGUUCCUCCUGCCACCAUGAUGACAUUAUCCCAAGCACCAUCUUGCCACGUCCAAGUCGGUUCCGGUCCGCGUAUUUCAAUUGUCUCUCCAGAUUUUCUCGUGUGUAGCCACCUGCCCACCUCGCCAUGUUCAUAUUUCUUAAUCCAAAAUACCAUUUCUCCCUCUUCGGACAAGCCUUCAAGAGGUGUAUACGGCCGUUCAACUUGGAUGUCCGAGUCCUUCACGUAUAUCGACCAGAUUGGCUGAAAGUCACGACCCGCCAUUUUCGCAGCAAUUUCGGGUGGGACCCUCAAGCGAAGAAGUUUCGCAUUUUCGUUCGACUUUUCUGAGGAAAAUAGGGUGGUUGGAGUGAAGUAGUCCGGGGAAAGAGGCCUCAGAGCUAGUUGUCGAGAGAUGUGGAGAUCCCAUAGCCAGAUACCGAGCGCUGACACGCCAACGAAAGCAAGUCCGUACCAAUUUAAUCUAUUACGUGGUGUUCCGGUCGGAAUA